AUGGCGUCUACUGUGAAGUCAGGCUUUCCUCAAUUCCUUGACGGCGACGUCCUCCUCAUCGUCUCAACAACCCAGCAAUACAAAUUGCACUCUCAGGUUCUGUCAACGCACUCUGCCUUUUUUGCAGAUGCGAUCGCAGCCAAACCAGGACCGCGUCUCAACGCCCAGGCUCGUCGUGACCGCGCCGCCGCCUACCGCUUUGAAUAUGUGGCUUCGUCUGAGAAAGGCGAGCCAGGCCAAUGGGUGCGGAAGGAAGUAAAUGAACAAGGUCGCACACCCCGAGGUGGCGCGUCUCUCCUGCCGGAUUUCGACAAUGGAAAGGUGUCAGACAAUGCAUACAAGGCUUGGGAUUGGCUUUUUGGGAUUUUCUACAACCGUGAACCAUCAUUUGUCAACGACACUUUGGUCAAAGUACUCGGCGAUGUGAUCAUCCUCAUUGAGUGCGCCGAGUCCAUCGGCUCAAUUGACCAUGUGCGCGAUGUUGUCGAUCUUGCUCUCCUACGACAGGAUCAGGUGCUUUGGAGCUCGAUCAUGGGAAAUCCGGUGGCAUGGCUCGAACUUGGCCGUCGCGUUCGGUCCCCAACGAUCUUCAGCGAGGCCGCCAUUCAUUUGAUCGGACAAUGGGGCGUGUUGCCGAUCGAGGUCAAGGACACCAUCAGCGACGAUCUGCGUGAAUUCCUUAAUCACAAGGCUGAUGAACUCGAUCGGGCCAAGGAAGCGGUUGAGCUGCGUAUUCUCGGCCACUAUCCAGCCUUCAUGUUGCGCACUGCCGCAGACAAACCCGGUCGCCCAUCCUACUCGGGAGACAUCUACAUGUGGAUGGCGGUCUGCUUCUUCCGUCAAUGGUUUGCACAGAGUAUCUCCGACGACCGCACCCGUCGUGCGCCUGAUGGUGGUUUGGACUUCUAUUCUGCCUUAUCCGACGGCGGCCAGGCUUACUUGACACAUCUCGACUUCCAGGAGUUCCACCGCUAUUUCCCCAUGAGCAUCAAGGCUUGCCACGUCCUCGAGGCCAACAUGGGCGUUCUCAAGCAGGAUAUCAUGAAUUUUGUCAGCGAUCUCAUGGUCGAACGCACCCAUCUCAAGCGCGACGAUUACCCUGGAAUUGCGUGGUUGACUUGUGCAAAGAUCGACAAGGCUGAGCUGCCAUGGCAUGUUGCUCUUCCCAAGGGCAAAAACGAUGAACUGAACGACAUGUACGGGGUAUUGGAUGAGGAGCACACCACUUUCGUCCAGCAAGAGUUGCGUAAGCAGAAGCAAGCCGCCGCCGCUGCAGGUUCUGCUUCUGCUUCUGCUUCUGCGUCUACUUCCGAGCGUAUCCCCGCCCGCCCACGAAAGCGUGCUAGGGUCGUCGAAGAUGACGAAGAUGAAGAGGAUGUCGACGACGGUUCCGGCAUGUUCAUCCCAGAGGGUGGCGACUUUGUCAUGGGCGAGGAUGACGGCGAAGAGGAGUAA